CUCCUCCCUUAUUUGGCAGCGUUAAGAGCUCUAAGACUUCACGAAAAUCUGGAACUUUCGUUGUUAGGGUUUUCAGAAAACUAAUCAACCUGUCGAUUCUCCUGAAAAUCGAAAUAUAGCUAUCGAUUUCCGGUUCGGGAAGCCGCUCUCGCUUUUUUAUUUUGUUGCUUGUUUGUUUUGGGGAAACCAAUUCAUGGUGCAGUUGAUGAGUUCCGGCGAUCUCCGCCAAACGACGCCGUGUAAGGAUAAGGUGCCGGUCAAAUUGGAGAUCGAAGACUCUUUGGAGGAGGAGCAUGGUCCCCUCAACAAGCGCUCCAGACCGUCCUUUGCUUAUCAAGAGAGGUCAGGCGAUAACGGGGUUGCUGUCCCAACUUCUCAAUACAAUCCCCUAGAUGAGCCUAGCCCUUUGGGUCUGAGGCUCAGGAAGAGCCCGUCUUUAUUGGAAUUAAUUCAAAUGAAGCUUGCUCAGGGGGUUCCUCCUACAGCUGGAGCUGUACAAAGAGAAUACCUUAACUCUGGUGUUAAGAAGGAGAUUAAAGGAAAUGCUGCAGUGGGGGCUACUGAUAAGCUUAAGGCGUCAAAUUUUCCAGCUUCAAUGUUAAGGAUCGGUAACUGGGAGUACAAAUCAAGGUAUGAGGGUGAUUUAGUGGCAAAGUGUUAUUUUGCAAAGCAUAAGCUUGUCUGGGAGGUUCUUGAAGGAGGCCUCAAGAGCAAAAUAGAAAUCCAGUGGUCAGAUAUCAUGACUCUAAAUGCAAACUGUCCUGACGAUGGACCUGGUACUUUGAAUGUUGUGUUGGCUAGACAACCUCUAUUCUUCAGGGAGACCAACCCUCAGCCUAGAAAGCAUACUUUAUGGCAAGCAACAUCAGAUUUUACUGAUGGGCAAGCAAGCCUGUACAGGCAACAUUUUCUGCAAUGUCCACAAGGACUGUUAAACAAGCAUUUUGAAAAGCUCAUCCAGUGCGAUACACGUCUUUGCUUCUUAAGUCGGCAGCCAGAGAUCGUUUUGGAUUCACCUUAUUUUGAACUGCGGCCUUCUGUAUUUGAAGACCAAGGUGAAGCCAAGGGCCAUGGUUUUGACCAACUGGCAAGUGGUAAAGGUCCCUCCAUUUCUGGUUUCCAGGAUAUAUCAUCACCAUCUGCAAGUCAGUCAUCAUCUUUGAAGACAGACCCGCAGGACUCAGCUGGUAUGACAUUAGAGCAUCGGUCCAGAGAAGCUCCUUCCCCUAGCUCAGUUAUGGAUGCUCGUGCAAUUGAAGGAAAUGGCAAUUCUGAAGUUGUUGAUUCAAGAGGGCCAAGAAAUUGGGAACAGAUAAAAGUGCCUGGGCUGCAUCCUUCAAUGUCGAUGAGUGAUUUUAUGAGUCACAUUGGGAACUGUAUUUCAGAACAAAUGACUUCUGGAAAUCCGCCUUCUGCCGAUCAACAGUCAGAAUACCAGGAUAUUCUGGAGGACAUUGCGCAGUACCUGUUGAGUGACACUCAAUUAACUGCUGCAGAUGAGAGUCAUGAAACAUCUCUCAUGUCCAGGGUCAAUUCUCUAUGUUGCCUUUUGCAGAAGGACCCCGCUUCUCUCCAGAAUUCACAGAUUGAAGUUGAAGAAACAGAUGGUGGAAGAGAUAUUCAUCCUAACCAAACUCCUGUUGGUACAUCGGGAACUCAUAUGCAGGCUCCUGAAGAGGAUAUGAAGGAUGUUUCUGGGGGGAAGAAGGCACCAGGCAUGUCGAGAAAAGACUCCUUCGGGGAAUUGCUAUUUCAUCUCCCUCGCAUCGCCUCUCUUCCCUCGCUUCCGAAAGUCUUGUUCAACAUUUCGGAAGAUUGUGAGAGUCAAGGUAGAUAGUCAUUUUUCUCCAAAGAACAAAUCCUAAUGCGAGCUGAAAUACUCAUCCGCACCCUCCAAAUUUCUCCUCAGUGUACACAGUGAAUAAUGCUGGCUAUUUCAUACUAUUGUCCGUCACCAAAAGCUUGUAUUAUGUUGGGAGACUGGGAUUCUGAAAUUUGUGUUGAUGAAGAAUCCGGAAAGAUUUCCCACUGUACAAAUGACUGUACAUCAUGGUUAGUGUUGUUUGGUUCCCUUCAUGCCGUAUGACCAGCUUAAGGCACCUGUUUGUAAAGUCUGUUGACUAUUUAAGAAAAAAUUUCAGUUUACCUCCCUAAUAUUUGGUGGUAAAAUC